AUGGCUGGGAAUCAUAAGGAUGAAUUUGGUUUGCUAUGGGACUAUGCUCAUGAGUUAAGGUCAAAGAUACCAGGAAGCACUAUAAAAAUGGUUGUUCAAAGGGUGACAGCAGACUCCCUUCCACAUUUUAAGAGGUAUUAUGUGUGCUUUGAUGCACUAAAGAGAGGCUGGAAAGUGGGGUGUAGGCCACUCAUUGGAUUAGAUGGUUGCUUCCUAAAAGGCCCAUUUAAGAGUGAAUUUCUCACAGCUGUUGGAAGAGACGCAAACAACCAAAUGUUCCCUAUUGCAUGGGCUGUGGUUGAAGUGGAGUGCACUGAUUCAUGGGGUUGGUUUCUCAGUCUCCUAUCAACUGAUUUGGGCUUGGAAGAUGGGUAUGGGUACACAAUUUUCAGUGACCAACAAAAGAUUGCAAAGUGCACGACUGAGAGGGAGUGGGAAGAUCUAUGUUUAGCACUGGAGAAGAAAGAUAAGGAUGUUUACAAUAAUUUGAUGAAAAAGUCUCCAAAGACGUGGACUAGGGCAUUUUUGGGGACUACUUGUAAAUCAGAUAUAGUUGAUAACAAUUUGUGUAAAGCAUUCAAUUCAAGUAUUGUCGAAUCUAGGUUCAAAAGCAUUAUCAGAAUGCUUGAGGAUAUUAGGACCAAGAUGAUGACUAGGAUAGUACAAAAAAGGAAGUUAUGUAAUGGAUGGAAGCAAAAUUAUGGUCCAUUGGUGAAAGCUAAGUUUGAUGCCAACAAGAAGGACUGUGUAGAGUGGCAACUGAUAUGGAAUGGUGAAAAUGGAUGUGAGUUGAGGAAAGGAAGUUAUCAGUAUACAGUGGAUCUAAGUCAAAGGAUAUGUAGUUGUAGAAGUUGGCAAAUAAGUGGGAUUCCGUGUUCCCAUCCCAUAAAUGGGCCACAUGAUUGGGAAAAAACUGGUAUUCAGCCUGUGCUACCUCCUAUUGAAAGGAAGAUGCCUGGGUGGCCCAAAAAGAAUAAGAGGAUGGCUAAAGAUGAACCCAAAAAAUUGAAGCCUGGUCAUUUGAGUAGGAAAGGUCUACUCAUGACAUGUACUCAAUGUGGCCAACAUGGCCAUAACAAGCCGUCUUGCAUAAAUUCGAAACAGCAAGAUGCCCAACCACCUAAACAAAAAGGGAAAUCUUCCAUUAAAAGGUCAACUACCUUAGAUAAAUCUAAGGGAAAUCUUCCAUUUUUUGCAUCUAGUAGAACCACAAGGAGCAUGACGACAGCUUCAUGCCAAUAUGGUACUGGACAAACUUCUUCAACACCCAAGUUGCGAAAUAACAAGCGAAAGGCUCCUCUCGACCAUCUGGGAACACAAGAAUCAGUUGCAGGAAAUACGAAACCAUCUCGUGACAGCUCGUGA